AUGAGUGUGGAACAGGAAGAGGAAGAGCGUGUUUGCCUCAGAACUCACGAGGCGGAUACGGAGCAAGAGCGCAACAUGGGCGACGACGACGACGACAAGUUAGUCUCAGAUGAAGUGCACCUGCGCCAGCUUAGCGCAAGUCCCUGCUCGGCGUUGCAGCAGCGACGUCAGAGCAAGAGCGUUACUCAUUCCGCACCACCCGAGCUGCCGCCGACAGCGACGCCACAGGAGACCAAGGAUGAAGUGGAACAGGGCGUUGUGCUGCGACGUGCUGCCGAGAAGGGUCCCAUCACCUUGGCACAGAUGGACAAUCUAAAGCUGGACAGCGACGAUGACGCCAACUUGGACGAUGUUGACAGCGAUCCGGGGCUUAGCAAUCCCGCUGCGCUAACCACAAAUGAUGAGCAGAUUACAACCACAGCGACGGCGACGGCGACGGCAACGGCGACUGCGACUGGAACAACAUCCGAGGAUGCAGUCCCUGUUGCUCCGGACAUGUCGAAAAUACCACGACUGCCUGGCGAUGGUGCCCAGAUGGAUGAAAACUGCGACCUGCCCCAUGCGCUGCGUGCCUCCACAGCAUCAAUUUUAUCCAAUUUGCGCAAGAAACAGCAGGGCAUGCUUGGCGUGGGUGGAGGCUUAAGCGUGGGCGGCUCUGUAAGUGGAACUGGCACGGGCGGUGGUGGCAUGUCCAAGCAGACGCCGAGACGUGUGCAAUCUGUGCGCAUUGUGGAGGCCAAAUCGGGUUAUGGACCUAAACGACGCACUGAAAGCUGCAGCAUUUUUGGCAAUAGCAAUUUCGAUCACGAACUAGAAACUGGUCAAUCUAUAGCCAGCAUAGCUGGAGUUGGACCGCAACGGCCAUUGACAAACGAAACAUAUUCAGCUUUUAAGAGCGGCAACGUAGUCAAGGGCAUACUCUGCCCCUCGCUGACCAACUCCUUCAAGCAGUGUUCGCUGGAGCGCAGUUAUCUCACCUAUACGCAUCGCCAGCGCCAAAAGUCGCUGAUCAUAGUGAACGUUGUGGAAUUUGCGCUCAAGAUAGUUAUGGCGCUGCUUUGGAUGCUGCAACCACUGAAAUAUCGCCCAACACCGGAAAUCAACAACGCGAAUACGGCCAACAUAGCAACGGCGGCCAUUUGGUCUGUAUGCUGCGGCAUGGCCAACUUGGCCAUUUGUUUUCUGGGCUACUGGCGUUGCUUCGCCAACAAUUACUUGCACUGGGCGGCCGUCUGCACUUGGGUGCUCUUCAACAUACAGGGUUUCAUCAGCGUGGGCGUUGGCUUCGAGAAUCGUGAGUACCUGGUCUGGUACAUAUUGUUUGUCAUCUUUGUGCCCUAUGCCAUGCUGCCGUUGCCCCUAAAAUGGUGCGUUGUGGGCGGCACAAUCACGGCCAGCUGCCAUUUGACCGUCAUAACCAUCAACAAAUUUCAGAACAAGCAGACACAGAUGGAUCCCAAUUGCGUGCUGUUCCAAAUCUUUGCCAAUUUCAUACUCUACACGGCCAUCAAUGUGGCGGGCAUGUACACCAAGUAUCUGACGGAUCGUGGACAACGUUUGGCAUUCAUUGAAACACACAAGGCCAUGGAGCACAAAAAGGAAUCGGAAAAGGAGCUGCAACGCACACAGAAGCUGCUCGAUUCGAUUCUGCCCAACAUUGUUAACAACCAAAUACGCAGCGAAAUGUAUAAGGGCACGGAUCCGACGGUCGAGACGCAAUUCAACAAAUUAUAUGUUUACCCCAUGGACAAUGUAAGCAUUUUGUUUGCAGAUAUCAAAGGCUUUACCGAGUUGGCGAGCAAAACAAAAGCACAGCAAUUAGUAAAAAUUUUAAAUGACCUUUUCGCGCGUUUCGAUCGCAUUGCAGAGGACAACCAUUGCCUGCGCGUAAAGCUGCUAGGCGAUUGCUACUAUUGCGUGUCGCAAUUCGAAAGUGACAACUGGAAGACGCGGCCGGAUCAUGCGGUGUGCAGCGUUGAAACUGGACUGCACAUGAUAAAGGCCAUCAAGGAUGUGCGCCUGCAUACGCAUGUUGACCUAAACAUGCGCAUUGGCAUACACAGCGGGUCGGUCAUGUGCGGCGUGCUCGGCAACAAGAAAUGGCAUUUUGAUGUUUGGUCCAACGAUGUUAUAAUUGCAAAUCACAUGGAAUCCGGCGGCAUACCCGGACGCGUGCACAUCUCGGAGGCAACGCUCAAGUGCCUGAACGACUCCUACGAAGUGGAGCCGGGCAAUGGCGGCAGUCGGGACAAUCAUCUGAACAAGCUCAAUGUGACUACCUAUCUAAUCAAGCGCACCGAGCCAUUGCGACCCAAGCGGCGUUUCGGCACACGCAGCAGCGCGCAUCAAAGCACUGGCACUGUGGCCGCUGUUAGCAGCGCCUUGCCCAAGUCCAUUUCGGCCAGCGGCAGCGGCAAUGACUGCAGCAUUGGCGGCGACACUGGCAGCAUUGAUGGCCGCAGUCUGGAGUUUGCAGCCGCAGCAACGCAGCAGCCCGCGCAGCUGCUGCAGCAGCAACAGAAGAAAAACAUUUCGCUCAACUCGCUGCCCAAUGUCGUGGAGGGCGUGGCGCUGGAUAAUCGACGGCUGCGUAAUGGCGGCGCCAAUGUGCAUGCAGGCGCCAGUGCACCCGCCGGUCUGUCCACUGUAAGCUCACCCACGGCUAUGAUGUCGGCGCCGCUGGAGCAGCAGCUAAGGCCGCGUAAUGGCGCCAGCAUACAGAAUCUAACGGAAACCAUUAGCGCCAAGGGUUUAAUCGUAGAGGACGAAAGCACCACGGAAUGGACGCCGGAAAUACCGUUUAAGAAUUUAAGCAGCGGCGAGGAGUGUUUAAAUCGCGUGGAUUCCAUACUAGUGGAUCCCAAGCAGGAUCAGCGUGUUUCACUCACCGUGCUGGAUGAGGAAAUUGACGAGUUCAUUGAGCAGAACAUACAAAUUAAUUCGAAUAAAGAGAUACGCCGCGAAUAUUUAAAUGCCUGGACAUUGAAAUUCAUUGAUAAGAGCCAGGAGCAAAAGUUCUGCCAGCUACGCGAGGACAUGUUCCGCUCGAAUAUGCUCUGUGUGUUUGUCAUUUGGAUAUUUAUUGUGUUGUGCCAAUUUAUCAUCAUACCAAGGUGCACCAUAGUCAUCAUUUGUUUGGCCGUUGGCACGCUCGUGCUCACAUUCUGCUGUGUGCUUGUCAUGGCCGAGGAGUUUCCAGGUCUGCCCACCUUUUUGAAAAUUAAUUCAGCCAAGCUGGUGCGUCAACGUCGACGUCGCACGUUCUUUAUUUGCGGCGUCAUCAUUUCCAUGUGCAUGCUGAGCGCCAUUGGCCUGGUGCUCUGCCCCAGCUCCAGCUACAAUGGCAACACAGAAUUGCAGCAGCACCAGCCACAUCCAGCCAUUGCGCAGUUUAGCAACGCCACAGACGCCACCAUCUUUUGGUCACAGACCAUACAACAGAAUCUGACCAUAAGCACGCCUGCCAAAGGCGCCUCCUCGUCGGCUGUGUCACUGCUGACGCAGAUUAACGAGAGUAUACCCAAUAAGCCCAAUGAGCUGUUGCGUCUGUUGAGUAAUCUCAGCACGCCGCUGGAGACCUUUGAGCUGUCGCAUCGUCCACUCGCCUUGAGUUCAGGUGAACGCUAUCGCAGCAACAGCGCCUUCAGUUCCAUGGACGACGAGCUGGGCUGUGUACAUCGCGAGUAUAUUGUGUUCACCUGGGUGCUUGCCUUGGUCUCGCUGGCGACGGCUCUGAAGUUGUAUUACUUGAUUAAGGCGACAAUGGCCUUGGCUAUGGUAUUAUUCUAUACGACCAUGAUUUUCAUCCGAUUUACCACUGAGGAGAGCUUUAGCUUGGCCAAACUAAGAGAGCUGGGCAUGCCGCUGGGCGUGCAGAUGCUUAUACUGCUUAUAACCUUUCUAAUUAUGGUCUGCUAUCAUGCCAGGCUAGUGGAGGUUACUUCACGCCUUGACUUUAUCUGGAAGGAACAAGCGGAGCGUGAGCUCAUCAACAUGAAAUCGAAUCGUGCGCUCAAUGAUACGCUAAUUAAAAACAUAUUGCCGGACCAUGUGGCCGCCUAUUAUCUAUCGGACGAGCAUACGGAUGAGCUUUAUUCGAACAUGCACGAGUUGUGCGGCGUCAUGUUCGCCUCCAUACCCAAUUUCCAGGACUUUUAUUCGGAGGACAUUGACAACGGCAAAGCCUGCAUACGUAUACUAAAUGAGAUUAUCUGCGACUUUGAUGAAUUGCUGGAGGAGCCACGCUUUGCUUCCAUAGAGAAAAUCAAAACUGUGGGUGCCACCUACAUGGCAGCGGCUGGACUUAAUCGUGCCUCGUUGAAUGAGCGUGGCGAGACCGCCGAGGACAGCGUUUGUGAUCUGGUGGAGUUUGCAUUUGCCAUGAAGAAAAAGCUGGAGGAGAUCAAUGGCGAUGCUUUUAAUAACUUUCAGCUGCGCGUUGGCAUUUGCAGUGGCCCACUGGUGAGUGGCGUCAUUGGCGCACGCAAGCCUGUCUACGAUAUCUGGGGCAAUACGGUAAAUGUAGCCUCACGCAUGGACUCCACCGGUGAGAAUUGGCGCGUGCAGGUGCCCGAAAACACCGCCGAGCUGCUCUGCAGCCGAGGCUACACCUGUGUGAAACGCGGCGAAAUCAAUGUGAAGGGCAAGGGCAUGAUGACCACCUACUUUGUGCAUCCCAAAGGCAUAUCCGACAGUCAACUGAUCUCACCUGUGCGCAUGCCCGCUGGCAUACCACUGGCACCCACACCGAAUCUACAGCGUCAGACCUCGCAUCAUGGUUCCUUCAGUGCCGUUGUCUUUGGCAUGCUGCAGGCCACCAAACGAAGCACCACCAUACCAGGCACACCCACUGGUACGCCCUCGCCGCAAAUACGUCGCGGACAUCGCGGCAGCACCUUCAGCUCGGUGCGUCUCUCCCUCAAGUCCACGAGCGUUAAUCCAGUGCGACGCAAUACGACACGCGUGCGUGCGCGUUCCUAUCGCCAGAAAAAAAUCAUCAUACGGUCUAUGAGUGAAUUCAUGUACUCAGAGCGGAUGCUGCUCCACAUAAUGCAAUAUCACCAUAGCGUCAAUGAGCCCAGCAGCAAGCACAGCCCGAAGCAGCUCGCGGAUACGAUCCAUCUACCUAUCACCACCCGACACAUGACGAGCUUCCCUUAA